CCCGAAAAUAUUUAUAACGUCGAUGAGAGUGGCUUGCAGUGGAAGUCACUGCCUAACAAAACACUUGCAAGUCAGUCUGAGCAGACUGCACCAGGUCGGAAAGUGAUGAAGGAUCGCAUCACUAUCAUGCUCUGCGCUAAUGCAACGGGAACCCAUAAAUUGAAAAUCCUAGUCACAGGGAAAUCCAAGAACCCCCGCUGCUUCAAACACGUGACUACUUUACCCGUAAUUUACAAAAAUCAAAAAAGUAGGUGGAUGGAUCGGGAGUUGUUUGAAGAAUCGUUUACCGAGUGCUUUGUAUCUGAAGUUCAAGAGGAGCAGCGACGUACGGGCAGAAACGGAAAAGUCGUUUUGCUGAUUGACAACGCGCCUUCGCACAAGCUAUCACCAGAGUGCAUUGCUGCUUAUCCUGAUUUCGUCGUUGAUUUUUUUUCCCGAAAUGUCACAGCGAUAAUGCAGCCAAUGGAUCAAGGGGUGAUCGAAAAAUUAAAACGAAUGUACAAGAAAAACGUUCUCAGCAAACUUCUUGGAGAUAGUGAAGAAAGCGUAACGCAGUUACUGAAAAGCUUUACUUUCAAAGAUUGUUGUUACAUGGUAUCAGAUGCAUGGGAUACCGUGACUGCAGAAAAUAUCCGAAGAGCAUGGAAGCCAUUGAAUAUAGGCACUUCGAACGCGCAAGUCUUAGAGCCUACUGAGAACGCUAUGAAUGUUUCGGAAACGUUGCGAAUACUUCAUUGUAUACCCGGUUGUGGUGGAUGCGACGAAGAUGAUACCGCGGCAUGGCUGAAUAAUGAUUGA